AUGCUUUAUGAUCCUAGUAGCUAUGCCAAUAUCAACGACGUGCAGACGACUCAUUUGCAUUUGGAUCUAACAGUAGAUUUCACGAAAAAAGUUCUCAGUGGAUCGGUAACAUUGGAUCUGGUUGCAGUUGUCUCGGAUGUUUCUAACGUAAUCUUGGAUACAAGACAUGUUGAUGUUCGAAGUGUACAUUAUGGUACUAAUACGUCGUUGAAGUUCUCACUUGAUCCAGACGACGAGAGAUUUGGAUCAGCUUUACGAAUCGCGUUGCCAAGCAGUUUACAAACAGGCACCAAAUUCAAGCUUACUAUAGGAUACCAGACUACUUCUGCAUGCACUGCCGUCCAGUGGCUAGAACCCAGCCAAACAGUGGGAAAAAAAUUUCCCUAUCUUUUUACUCAAUGUCAAGCAAUCCAUGCUCGUUCACUGGUACCAUGUCAAGAUUCUCCAUCACUCAAAGUGACUUAUAGUGCGACAAUCCGAUCACAUUACCGUGCUUUAAUGAGCGCAAUAGGCACUGGAGAAUCGGAAGCUGGCGAUGGUUACAAAGUAUAUACGUUUGAACAGAAGACGAAAAUCCCUUCUUAUUUGCUUGCUUUGGCCGCUGGUAAUCUGGUGGGCCGACAGAUCGGUCCUAGAUCUACGGUCUGGACAGAGCCCGAAGUGAUAGAGAGCGCAGCAUGGGAGUUUGCAGAUACAGAGAAGUUUGUUGCUACUGGAGAGAAUUUGUUAACCCCUUAUGAAUGGAGGAAAUAUGAUCUUCUGGUAUUGCCACCAUCCUUUCCUUACGGCGGUAUGGAGAAUCCAUGUUUGACCUACGUGACUCCGACACUACUGGCCGGGGAUAGGUCGCUUGUUGAUGUUGUGGCGCAUGAGAUCUCUCACAGUUGGACAGGUAAUCUCGUCACAAAUGCUAAUUGGGAACAUAUGUGGCUGAACGAAGGAUGGACCGUCUUUGUUGAACGAAAGAUUGUAGGCCGGGUAGAGGGAGAAGCGUAUAAACAGUUUAGGUCAAUUAUCGGCUGGCGCGAGCUGGAGGAUAGUAUCAAACAGUUUGGUAGUAGUAAUCCACUAACCGCGCUCACUCCCAAUUUAAAGGGAGUUGACCCUGAUGAUUCUUUCUCAUCUGUUCCGUAUGAAAAGGGUUUCAAUUUCCUCUAUUACAUCGAACACAUUGUUGGUGGGCCAAAGUAUUUUGAACCAUACAUGAAAGCUCAUGUCGAAAAUUUCGCUGGUAAAUCAAUAACAACCGAUGAUUGGAAAGCAUUCCUCUUUUCGUUCAUGGAAAAUAAUUAUGGCGCCGAAAAGAGAGCGGUUUUGGAAAAAAUCGAUUGGGAAGCUUGGUUGCACGCGCCCGGAUUGCCACCCGUGCGAAAUGAAUUUGAUCAGACUCUGGCGAAAGCAUGUUCUGAAUUGGCGGAGAGAUGGGAUGCGGCGAGGAAUAAGACAACGUUUGAAGAGUUUAGCCCGGAUGAUGUCAAGAACUUUAGCUCUCUUCAAAAGGUUGUCUUCAUACAGCGUCUCUCGGAGUAUCCACCACUACCACAAAACGCUAUACGCGAACUUGACCGAUUGUAUCAGUUGACAAGCAUUGUCAACUCGGAAAUUCGUUUCCGAUGGCAAGAAUUGUGUCUACUUGCUGAAUAUGAACCGAUCUUCCCACACGUAGUCAAAUUCGUAACCGAACAAGGGAGAAUGAAGUUUGUGAGACCGCUUUACAGGUUACUGAAUAGAUGCAAAAAUGGAUCAGAACUAGCGAAAAAGACUUUCCGGGAGCAUCGUUCUUUUUAUCAUCCAAUUGCCGCAGGUAUGAUCUCAAAGGAUAUCUUAUAA